AUGGAAGAUGAGAGCCAUAAUAACACUUUGCCAAAUGGAUUCAACACAGGAAGCCCCGAAAGUCCUUUCUUAAAGACAAGCACCACCACCACACAACACAACAAAGAACAGGACCGAUUUCUCCCUAUAGCCAACGUGGGAAGAAUCAUGAAAAAAGUGAUUCCCCCCAACGGCAAAAUCUCAAAGGACGCAAAAGAGACAGUUCAAGAAUGCGUUUCGGAGUUCAUUAGUUUCGUGACCGGGGAAGCUUCUGACAAAUGCCAAAGGGAAAAGAGAAAGACCAUCAAUGGAGACGAUGUCAUAUGGGCCAUCACAACCCUAGGCUUUGAGGAUUACGUGGAACCCUUGAAAACUUACCUCCAGAAAUAUAAAGAGAUAGAAGGAGAAAAACUUAGCAUUCCAAAGCAAAUGCGUUCUGAACAAAGGCUACAACAACACCAUAAUAAUUAUCAUGACCAAAAUAAUCAACCAUUCAAUGGUGCAUAUGCCUCAUCAAAUCUCAUUUCUCAGCCUCCUUAUGUGCCCACUGAUCAGAAGUUUUCUCUAACCUUCUCCCCAAACUCUAUUCAGAGUCAGCUACGACAGCAAGACCAGAUUGAUUCUGUGGGGCACUGGUACGAAUAAGACCAAUUUUUCUAUAUACAUCAUAAUUAUGCGUAUAAAGACUAUAAUGUGAUGUUUAGAGUUUCAUUUUUCAUAAUAAUAAUUUGAGGUUAGAAUUUUCCUGUUUCUUCUUGGUGUAAAUCAUUUAGAUACAACAGUUACAUAUAUGGUU